UUUUGGGAAAGUGCCUGCGCACCAAAGGAUGACUGGAGGUGGCUUUAUUUUGAGGGAGCCGAACUCUGCCAGGCAGAAUGGAGGUCCUGGAGGAGAUGGACGAAGUGGAGCAGACACGAGAAGAUGUGAUCUCUUUGAAUAUCAGUGAUUCCCUCGACCUGGAGACAGAUGAAGAGAAGAAAGCCUCUGUUGCAAGUGAUGAACCUGAUUUUGACUGGAGCUCCAUUGACACAUCCCACUUACCAUCUUCGUACAAGACAAAUUCCCGGCGGGAAAAGGAACUGCUGCAGCUCGCUGACCAUUUCUUCCAGCAGUACACUCACCUGAACCCUGACCGCAAGCCGCUCUUCAUCCACCCGGUCAACGAGUGUGGUGUGCAGAAGUUUGUGAGCACGACGGUGAGGCCAACCCUGCUGCCUUACCCAGACAUGUACUACUGGUCAGGCUGUGCCAGCUUUGUCUGUGAUUACCUCAUCAUGGAACCACUCAAGUGCUCAAUCACACCGCCCAGUUCACUCUAUUCCCCAACCACCAUCCUGAAAUACCGGCGAGGGAAUUGUUUUGACUUCACUGUGCUGCUGUGCUCCCUGCUGAUCGGGGCUGGCUACAAUGCCUACUGUGUACAUGGAUAUGCCACCCUCGAGAUGUGCUCCCUGGACCAGACUCAGGAGCUGUGCCCACUGCUCAGGAAGCCCCCGGAGGUACCAAAAGAGGAGGUUCCCAACAAGUACAGAAUUAAGUACCCUUUAGAGCCACAGAGCAAGUUUGAGCUUCAGCAGAAGGUCAGGAAGGAGAAAGAAACUAAACCUGCACAAGAGGAGGAAAGAGAAGAGGAAGUUGUCAUGGAAGUGGAAAAGCCCAAGCGAGACGCUCUGCAUGGCUUACGGGUGCACGCCUGGGUUCUGGUUCUGUCUGGGAAGAGGGGCGUUCCUGAGACCUUCUUCAUCAACCCGUUCACAGGAAAUCCCCACAGCACCACGGAUGAGUGCUUCCUGGGGAUUGAGAGCAUCUGGAACCACAGGAACUACUGGGUGAACAUGCAGGACUGCCAGAAAGGCUGCAGGGAUCUCAGCUUUGACUUGAGUGAUUCCUUCUGCUGGGAAAUUAUGUUUUCAGAGAGCAACAAGCGCUCUCACCUGCCCACAGAGUCGCCCACAGAGUCACCCAAGAAAGACACAGAUGACGUGCAGGAAAAUGAGGAAAUAGACAUGAGCUUUGAGAUGCCACUAUCAUGGGUAGCCCAAAUUAGGGUAUCUUGGAGAGAAUAUGAGAAUCCCUUUCCCGGGGGGAAGAAGGUGAUCCUGUACAAUAAAGCAAAACUGGAGAAAUGGGCGGCGUAUGCGAAUGGAGAUGGGCUGGUGGAACGCCUCACUGUCUACGCAGACUCAGAGCGUACUGAAGAACUGGAGGUGAAGGAAUGGUUCAAACACCGAAAAGACCAGUUGUAUAUGAGAGAAGUGAAUAAACAAACACAGCUGAUCACAGACCAUUUCAAGCCAGGACACCCCCUCCUUCUUAAAGCUCACUCCUACACGUCAUUGGAACCGGAGACUGGGCACACAGUGGAGUUUUACCACACAGCACGAUUUGAUGACCUCUGGAAACGUUUUGAAAAUGCUGCUGAGAUGACAGAGUACUUCGUGGGGCGGGAGGACUUCCUGCACAAGCGGCACAUAGAGUUUGACGAAAGAGAGAAGAAAGUGGAAAAGGCUGGCAUCACAGCUGAUGCUAACUCCCGGCCUAUAGUGCAAAUCAAGGAGUAUUUCCACAGAAAUCCUGAAAAGCCUGUGGAUGAAGAUAUCGAGGAACGUAUCUUUAUGGUCAGAGAUGAUAUCAUCCGGCUGACAUACCACCUCGAGCUUUAUGACAUCAUUGCCUCGCAGGUGGUUUUCCGCAGACUAAGAGGGAGGAAGAAGAGAGAAGAUGAAAUCUUGCUGACCAAAGAGAACACUGUCAAAUACCAGCCGUGGUCCUCAGAGAAACACAAGAACCUGUUCCAUCUGAACAACUUACUGGGGAAGCUGAAAGCAGAACAGAAGAAGCUGAAGGAGCAAGUCCGGAACUCUGAAGCAGAGAUGUUAAAUAUUCUGAUGGUCCGUGCGGAUGAAGAAGCCAAUGUUAAAUUGUCAGUUUCGAUGUUCAGCACUGCAAAAAGACGACAAGAGCACAGAGCCACGGUGCUGAAAGAGGAGCAGAAGAGCUCUCAGAGUUCCUUGGAGAGCAAGAAUGAGCACAUCGGAGGGGAGGUUGAAUCCCUCACCCAUCACACUGCAACCAGCUCCACGAUGUAGAGACUCUGCAGGGACUGGGCCUGAGCAGGAGAGGUUUACAAGUCAGUCCCCCAGGAACUUGGCACUGAAGCUACUCUGUAAAAUACUUUAGUCCGUGUCCCACUGCAGUUUCCUUCUGAUAUCCCCCUUCUUGUUCUAGGGAAAAGCAGUUGGCACAAUAGAAAAAAAACCCCUGUUCUCCUGAAGAGAUGCUGCCCAGGAAUCCCUGCCCGGGUGGGCACCUCGGGCAUGACUGGUUUCUUCAUUACUUUUCUAGA